AUGCGUGUGACGGAGUAUGCUUACGCCACAGUCGGCCCUAGUGGGAAUUUGAAGUCUUGGGAGAGGACUGAUGCCGGGCAGAGGGUUAUACCGAGUGGCAUGGAAAUGACCAUCGAAGACGACGAUGGACUCUACCGCUACCUGUUGUCUAGGGGCGGCGCUGCUGCUAGGCCGCAGCAUACCGACACUACUACAGCAUCGGGAGCUUCUAGUGCGGGCGCGGCUGAUUCGGCAAGUCUGGAGUCGGGAGGCAGAGACGCUUCCAGUGGAGAGCUGCAUGUCUCUUUACGGCCAUCGGGACCCUCCCAAGAAUCGCUACCGAGAGUUCGGUCAGCCUCUUUUGAUGCGUCGAUUACGCUCACCCCGGAUGACUGCGUCGUGUUCGUCAGUAUUCAGCUCCCAGUGCUCGUAUGCAGAAAGGCUGGAGGAGGCUUUGAGGUGUACCCAAGUCGAUAUGUGUCGAUGUCCACUCUCCAUGCUGUUAAGAAUGAGCUCAAUCCGAAUCGCUCCCUCUUUGUUGGCUGGCCGGGUUUGGACUAUCUCUCGAAGGAAGAACAAGAGGAGGUGCGCAAAGUCCUUUUGCCCUAUGACUGUAUACCAGUCUUUUCGAGUGAUCCUCAGCCGAAAAGAAGAGGUCCACAGCCAGCACGGCAUGGAUUUGAAGAAUUCCUCGAUUUCUGUCAAACGUUCCUAUGGCCUACUGUAAAUGACCAAGUGCCUCUGGUGCAUAACUCUGAGGACCUUAUGACGUUCGACAACAAACUGUGGGAAAAGUACCGGAACGCGAAUCAGCGAUAUGUGGAUGUGUUGCUGAAUGCGGAUCUUUUCCCAACACUGCCGAAUUUUGGAGAAUACGUCUACUGGGUUAACGACUAUCACCUGCUACUGGUGCCUAUGCUCUUGCGUCGGGGCCUUCGUAGGAGCCAGAGGGGCCCCUCCUCGCCGACUUUGAGCCCGGCCGGCAGUAGUAGUAGUAGCGGCUCACCUCCGAAGAAAGCGACGAUUGGUCUUUUUGUGCACACGCCCUUCCCGACAUCGGAGAUAUUCUUGACUUUGCCUGUGCGAACGCAAGUGAUGCAGUCGCUGUUGGCUGCUGAUUUGGUCGGCUUCCAAUUCUUCGACUAUGCGAGGCAUUUCCUCACAGUAGUGAAAAAGUUGGUGGGCCUGGACAUGUCGUAUAGACUGUCAGACGGUUACCUUGCGCUGGACGUGCCUUACAGCUACGUGUUGGUGACGGUGGGGCAUGCCUCAACUCAGUUCGAGCUGAUUGCGGCCCAGAUGAGGUCGCCGGAGGUACUAAGGCGCAUUAAGGAACUGAAGGCGAAGUUUGCUGGAAAAACUAUUAUAUGUGGCGUGGAUAGAUUGGGACGGCUGUCGGGCAUUCUGCUGAAGCUGAGAACGUUCCGCCAGUUCCUCAAGGUGUACCCAGCGUAUAGGAAUAAAGUGGUCCUAGUGCAGCUGGCGGUGUCGAGGACUACAACAACUCAUACGAGUCCAGAGAAUAGGAUCACUUUGUCGAAGAGGAUAUCAGCGUUGGCGAAGGAGAUCAACGACAGUAUGGGUCCUCAUGUGUUCUUCUACGCUGGUGAUAUCGGAACAGAGGAUCGGCUGGCGACUAUGGCAGUAUCGGAUAUGUUGUUGGACACUAGUCUUAAGGAUGGGCUCAAUUUGGCGCCCUUUGAGUAUCUCUCAGCUCGCUACGCGAUGUCUUUGAAUGUAGACGAAGACCCAACGGCAUCGCCUCGUUGUGUUCUAGACCAGCAGGGAGCGCUGUUGGGGCGGUCCAGUGCGUUGAUGUCCCACGGCAACCCACCCUCAGCAGCAGUAUUGGACGCCUUGUCGAAGCUGUGUAGUGACCCUAGGAAUACGGUGGUCAUUUUGAGCGGGCGGGAGAAGUCUUUAUUACAGGAGUGGUUUGGAUCUGUCCGCAACAUUGGUUUAGCCGCAGAGCAUGGGUACUACUGGAAACUGCCCCCGAACACUGAGUGGAAGGCUCUAGCUGGAGAGCUCAUGCGACAGUACGUGUCACGGACGCAAAAUUCGUUUGUGGAGAAUAAGGGAUCCGCGUUGGUAUGGCAGUUUAGGGACACUGAUCCUGAUUUUGGUCUGCAUCAGGCGAAGAAUUUAUACUCGUCUCUUGAGGAGUAUUUGAAGGGCUAUGAUGUUGAGGUUACUAUGGGAAAGGGCUAUGUUGAGGCUAAGCUCAGAGGAGUGAAUAAAGGUUUGGCGGUCCAGACCAUAUUAGCUGAAUUGGCGACUUCGGGAAAUGGUCAAUCGCCAGACUUCGUUAUGUGUAUUGGAGAUGAUCGCAGUGAUGAGUAUAUGUUUGAGGCAUUGAAUUCUAUGUCGGUGUCUCUGACUGCGCAUCCAGACUCGUUAGAGCACGCACAGUUCGUUCCUGGUGUUGGAAUAGUUCGUUCGAGUGGAGUUGAGCGGGAGUCUUCUUCUGAGGAGGAGUCGGGGCCACAACGCACUGAAAGUACCCCAGCUACCGGCCCAGUCUCGGCUGAGAACACCUUCACUCAGCGUAUGUGGAUGAGAUAUUCCUCCCGAGCGACUAGGGCUAGUCGGGCGUCGGACCCGUCGUCGGGAGUAGUCGGCCAGGGGAGAAUGCUGAAAAAGAAGAAGUCGCCGAGCAGAUUGUCGAAGAAUAAAGAGGUGUAUUGCAAAUACACUGUAACAGUGGGGCGGAAGUCGGGCUCACAAGCACACUAUUAUGUGCAUGACGUACACGCUGUGACGGACCUGCUGGGCCGGCUUGCUGAUGAGACUAUGUUUCCUCGACAAGAGGCUAGUGAGGUUGACGGACGCAGUUCUGCAGUAGCGGCGCAGAUGUAUGCCGUGCAUAACGCCAGUACAGUGCCUGCUGGGAGUAGUAAGGAUUUUGAGGAGAAGCCUCCUCACGAGCUGGAGGAACCUACUAUUGUGGAAGGCCCUGAGGAGGAACCUUCGAGUCCAUCUCGACCCCCAAUUUGGCAGAUUAAAUUUCCUAGUCUUGAUUCCUCACAGUCAGCGAAUGACGAGAGCGCCGUGUGA